AUGGUCGCCAUGCUCACAGGCCUAAAAUGUUUGAUGGAGCAGGUGGAGCAAACAGACCCAUGGUUCAGCGCGGUCAAGGGACUGGACGUGAAGGGUGGCGUUUUCAAUCUUUUGAGAGAGGAAAUGGAAGAGCUCAUGUUGAGGUUGGAAGUGGAAAGGGAGGGAGGAUUGAAGGGCAAGCUGACCUGGAAAUUAAACAAGAAAGAGAUGGAUGGCUUGAUGAACCGGAUCGAAAGGUGGAAAGGUGUUGUCUCGGUAGCACUUUUGGGCGAUCACUCGAAGCUCCUGUCGGCCAUCAGCACGGAUUUGGUCUGUGUAAAAGAAGAUGUAGAUGGCAUCAAAGAGCGCAUUAACAACCUCAAGGUGGACAUGACCAAUGUGAAGGAUGGAGUAAAGGGCCUGACAGAUAGUGCUGCAAGCCAACGAUCAGGUAAGCUCUCAUCCGACGUCUUUGUUUUGUUGCUGAGUAUUACAGAGUGGUGUCCUGGGAUUCCCGGCGCCGGGAAAACAACACUUGCUUCUUUGCUUAUUAGCUUCCUUGAAACUUCGACUAGCGGCACAAACAAACCGAUUCCAUACUUGUACUGCAACUACAAGGAGCGAAGUCAGCAAAGCGUUCAAAAUAUGAUGGGAAGCCUGCUCAAGCAACUUAUUCAACACACAGGCGUUAUUGAUGAAGACAUAUUGAAGUUUUCCAAGGACGAAAAACCUGUUCGACUUUAAACCAUCACCAGGUUUCUUCAAAACAAAGUAAUGGGGUUUUCUUUAGUAUACAUCAUCGUCGAUGCGCUCGAUGAGUGUGCUGAUACCGAAGAUACCUAGUACAGGUUAGCUUCAGACCUGCACAACUUUCCAAAGCAUGUGAAGCUUCUCUUCACAUCAAGAUCUACCAUUGGAGUAGAAGAAGACCUGGGCCCAGUUCCAAGACUCGAUAUUCGGGCUAGUGACAAAGAUAUCAAACGAUACGUUGAAGGUCGCGUCGGAAGUGAGCAUAGUCGCUUACAGAAGCAUAUUCGGACUGAUCCAGAUCUUUUGGAGGAAAUAAUCGAUAAGGUGGUGGGUAACUGCAAGGGAAUGUUUUUGAUGGCUCAACUUCCCAUGAACGAGCUUACAAGGAAGCCAAACCGACGCGAGCUUCGCAAAGCUCUAGAUGUCUUGCCAGCAAAACUGGACGAAACCUAUGAUCAGGCUAUGGAGCGGAUCAAGAGCCAAGACGCCGGUGAUGCCAGUCUUGCCCACCAAGUUCUGGGAUGGAUUUCAACGACACUCAGACCACUAACCAUUAAGGAAUUACAGCAUGCUCUGGCUGUCAUGCCUGGAGAUCAGGAUUUGGACCCCGAAGGCCUCCACGACCCGGAACUUUUCGUUGCAAUUUGUGCCGGUUUGGUGAGCCUAGAGGAAGAGAGCGGCUACGUCGACUGGUCACUUCACCACGCAAGAGUAUUUUGAGCGCCUCCGUUCGCAACUCUUUCCCGAUGCUCCUUCAAUGAUCGCAACGGCAUGUUUGACGUACAUGAUGUUUGACCCAUUUGUCCAAAGAUACUGCGCGGACGGAGAGGAGCUGGACCUUCGUUUAGACACCUACCCUUUCUUGGCGUAUGCUGCAGGCUACUGGAGAGACAACGUACAAUACGAAAUGGAAGCGCCAGUCAAGGAGCUGCUCUGGGAGUUUGUGGACAACAUCUUGGCAUUUAUGACUGCCGAGCAAGCAGCGACAUUGACGAGGAAGGAUUUCAGGAUAUUCAGAAUUGGGUCAUUCAACAGAGUACAGACUUUUGCCUCCAAACUGGGCCAGAUUUCACGUAGUAGCUUCGAUGGGACUGGUUGAGUUCGCGGCUGGCUUGCUUGAACAAGGUGCCGACGUCAACGUGCGGGGACCAGAUGGCAUAACGCCUCUGUUUUCGGCCGUAAAGUGGGACAGGGAAGAGAUGGUGGUGUUCUUACCGAAUUCAGGUGCCACUGCUUCGGUUUUCGCAAAGUCUGGGGGCAAGGACCCAAUGACGCCAUUGGAGAUGGCGAUAAAGCUGAACAAUGAGGCAGCGGCAGAGAUGUUGUUCAACGCUGAAAGGACCUGGCUUCAGCAUCUCCUGAACAGCGGGCUUUUCGAUGCCACCGUGAAUAGCAACUUGAGGUUAAUGCAGGCUUGCAUCGAGAGAGGAGCAGACAUCAACGCGUACGUUCGCGUGGCAGAGGGAUCGGUUCUUUAUCACGUUGUAGGCGAGAACCGUAAAGACUUGGUGGUUUUGGUGUUGGACCUCGGGGCCACCGUUUCUCCAUCAGAUAAUAACCACUCUGUGCUCCACGAGGCUUCAGCUAAGGGACAUACAGAAAUCUUGCAGAUUCUGCUCGACCGAGGAGCCCUAGUCAACGUUGUUGAUUGGCGUGGGCACUGGCCUCUUCACGACGCGGCCGCUCAUGGACGGCUUGAAACAUGUAAAGCUCUGGUUCAAAGCGGAAUUGACAUCAACUUCGCAUUCCGGAGGGAUCAGGGUCACUACGGAUGUCUAGGAGGGCAGACUGCGUUCCAAGCCGCAUGCAGCAGUGGACUUGCUGACAUUUGCAGACUCCUACUGGACAGUGGUGCCUGUCUGGGAAGCCAUGCAAAGACAACCGUUGAACUGGCAGCGAAAGCAAGGGACGUUGCAAUUAUAGAGCUUCUACUUGAGAGCAGCGUCGACCCUUUGACAACGGACGACGCAGUGUGCGCAGUCUUGAAGUCAGCCGCGACUGCUGGGAAUAUCGUAAUGAUCAGGGCUAUGCUAGCACGCCAAGAUUCGAUGACACCUGAUGCAAGGGAGCAGGUGGCAUGCGAGGCUGCCUCUCGAGCUGAUCUCGAGAUGUUGCGAGUACUAUUUAAUGGCGAUAACGCACAGGAUAACGGAGAAAAAUGGCUUGCAACCGCGCAUUUUGUUCGAGCAAUUGGUUUGGGCGAUGAAGGCGAGAUGCGGAUCUGGUGGAACAGGGGAGCAGAUCUCAACCAUAAGGUCAAGCCAGCGUUACCGCGAGAUCCAUAUUUCCCUUCACCGAAUUAUCUAUUACCCGGUUGCCAUGAAAAUGAGGAGGAGGGCGACUACAUCUCCACGAUGCAUUUGGCUGUUGGACAUGGAAGUCCGCAAAUACUGGACCUGUUACUCGAGAACGGGGGAGAUAUCAACGCACGCAAUUACCUCGGAGAAACCCCACUGCAUUGGGCUACAUACCAUGAAUGCCAUAGUGAUAUGGCUUGCAUGAUACUAUAUCGCGGUGCCCUUGUGGAUCCUUGGUGCCAUCGAGGAUUGACACCACUGCACGUUGCAGUACUGCGUAGGAACUACCGGGGUAUCGAGCUACUUGAUGCUGGGGCAGACAUCGAAGCCAAGGUUCACGAUGGCGAUACCGCGUUCAAGAUGCUGGCUUCUUUCCGCCCCUGGCUAUAUCUCAAUUAUUCCGUGCUAUACGAGGGUGGGCAGUUCAAGUGGGUUGAAGGGCACAUCGAUGAGCCGAACGGGCUAGCCAGCAACUCCGUGGGGCUCGAUAUUCUUCUGAAGAGAUGUGCGAAGACUGAUGUUCUUCAACCUUUGGUAUCAUUGCUAGAAUGGCCAAAUGCUGCAAGCUAUCAAGCUAUGGAGCAAGUUUGUCGUCGAUUGGCGGAUGAGGGCUUCGACUUUACCCUUCCCACAAGAAAGGGAAUUCCUGCAGUGUACCAUGCGGCGAAGAGUUGUCCCACAGAAGUUUUUCAAGUCAUCCUACAGCAAGGUGCAAAAGUAGACGUGAAGUUUAAUGGACUCACGGCCCUUCGUCUUGCAGCCAAGAGGUUUUCGCAUGCAAAGGUUAAUAUCCUUCUCCUGUUUGGCGCAUGUGCCGAGAGCAGAGACAGCAAGGGAAACACGCCCUUGUUCAAGGUGGUCACUAAGAGCGACCGACUUUCUUGGGGAUGCAGUCCACCGAACACAGUGGAAGGAAUCAUUGACAUGUUAGUAGCUCACGGAGCAGAUUCACACACUCUCUGUGGUGCAAAGAAAGCGCCGGUGCUGCAUUACGCCGCCUUCAUGGGGGAUUUGACCAUCGUGCGCUAUCUUACUUGCAAAGGCGCGCGAACUGAUGUCACCGACAGAGAUGGACGGACUGCUCUGGAUUGGGCAAAGGAUAAUAAGCAGGAGGCCAUGGUGUAUCUUCUUACUCGUCUAAGCAGAGACCAGAAAAUACAAGUAAACAGUCAUGCAC